CAUAAUCAGUCAAAACAGUACUGCAGUAAAGAGCAGGGACAAACACGUGUCUUUAUUAUUUUCCGGUAAGCAUCGAUACUCAAGCUUCGUCUUUGAAUCAUGCAAAGUUUUUGAGUAAGAAGUAAAUACUUAAAUAAAGCUUUAUCAACGAUUGAAGUGCCAACGGUAUUACUGUGUUUACCAACUCUGGUUCAGCAAGUAUUUUUAUCCUAUUCUGAAUACGACAGAUAAGCAAUACAGCGAAAUUUAGGUGACUUUUUGAUACUUUAAAAUCAUGGCUCUUGGUGCAUUUCCGUUAACUACAGGUAGUCCUCUCAGGUUAGGACCAUCAGGACAUCACCCAUUAUUCUUUGGAGGUUGUGCUCCGAACUCGAAUGCAUUUAUGGCAGCAGCAGCCGCGGCUGCGGCAAAUGUUCAGCCUAGAAAAACUAGUUUUCUGAUCGAUGAUAUUCUGCAUCCAACAGACUCAAAGACACAAAUUUCUCAGAUACAAGCAAAUAAAGUUUGUAUCGACCCUUUCAAAAUGGGAAUGAACGGUUUCUUUGGUUCAAGCUUAGGACACUUCUACAGACUUAAUGAUGCUCUUGCACACCAUCCAAUGCAAUCGUCGUCACAUUUAUCUGUCCCGAUUCCCGUACCAGUUUAUCUUCGAGGGAAAUCACCUAGCACACCGGACCCAUCUAAAACGAAGAAAUGCCGUCGCAGCCGAACGGUCUUCACCGAGCUGCAGCUUCUAGGGCUAGAGAAACGUUUCGAAAAACAGAAAUACCUAUCUACACCUGACAGACUAGAGUUAGCGGAGACGUUAGGCUUAAGUCAAUUGCAAGUAAAGACUUGGUAUCAAAACAGAAGAAUGAAGUGGAAGAAACAGGUGAUGCAGUGUGGAAACCACGAAGCACCGACUAAACCAAAGGGUCGUCCAAGAAAAUCUGAUAUGGAAGAUACAAUGUCGUCAGUAGGCUCUCCAUCGAACGAAUCGCUACCGUCACCGUUACCCCCAGAUUCACCAUCAUCUGAAACAUCUGACCAUUUGCACUCACAACCAAUUGAAACAUGACUGAGAGGUAAAAUAGGCAUCACCUUAUCAGAGCUCAGCAUAUAUUGAUAAAAAUGAAAACCAUUGAUUCUUAAAAAAAAAAAAAAAAAAAAAAAAAUACCAGUACUAUAAUUUUAGGACUAGUUAUCAAAAUCCAAAGGUAAUAAGUCUACGUUGAAACUUGGCAGUGUAUCCUUAUUAAUUAAGGAUAAUAGAAACUAAAUAUAACAAUGUUUGUCUCAUAAAAAUAUGAUGCCAAGCCGUGUGUAGAGUACUGUAUACGCAGCGCAUAAGCAUUAGGAUGUGAAAUAUUUUAUUUUGCGCUAAGUAUGAACUGUAUUAUUAUUACUUUUUAAAGAAAGUAUUAUUAAUUUUAUUUAAUGCGUUUUCCCCGGUAUUUUUUACAAAAAUCCUAUGGGCACUUUGACCGAAUUCAGCAUGUCCUUUAGAGGCCUAUUACAUAAUGUUAUCCGGAUUAGCAAAUUUUAUGUAGCAAAUUUGUGUGAUGUGCCCAAAUACCGUACUAGCCUAAAUAAGGGCAUGAUGAUAUUGCACACAUUAUAUUAUGGGCAUGUCACAAUUAUUUUUCACAUAAAAUUAAAUCGUCUGGACAAAGCUUGACAGAUAGUAAUGAUCGCAUUAGUAAUCGAACCUACCAGGAAAAACGUGUAAAAAUUGUUGCAAAAUAAUAAAUGCUAUAAUUAUGCUCUAUGGACAACAUUAUAAAUAAUAAACUUGAACCAUGUCAUAUUUUAAUUGCUUAAGCUCUGUCUACACUAUCCAAUGUUUAUGUGACAAUUUUUUGUAAUUUUUCAUUUCAUUUAAUUUAUUUGGUCCAUAAGAACAUUAAAACAAACACAAAAAAACAGAGAGAGAAAUAUACAAAGGACUCCAAUUGGCCAGAAAGGGUUGCCAAAAAGUGAACUAAAUCACUGUCUAGUCUCCGAUGCCAAUGAGAAUAUUAAAUUAGCAUAAAAUAGUCAAGUAAAAAUAUCAUCAAAAUAUAUAUAAAAAUCAUAUGUACAAAAUCAUCAAUGAAAUCAGUAAAAAGUUAAUAAGAAUAGAAAUACAAUAAAAAUUGAAAUACAAGAUAUGCAGCGUAAAACGAUGUGAUGUGCCAAUAUAUGCGUAUGAUGAUAUCAUAUUACAUCCAAAUAUGGGCAUACCACAUUUAUUUGUCGCAUAAAAGUUUGAUAGUGUGUAUGGAGCUUUACUUUAUGUAUUUAAGCGGUUUAUUUAUUUUAAUCGCUAAUUAACAGAUGCGUUAAUUAUACCGUUCCUAUUGUCAUGGAUAGGUUGUCAAAUUGAUUGGUACGGUAGCUUGUGUUAAGAAUUUUCAUAAAGAUUAUGUAAAUCUAAAAAAGAAAAUGGAUUGUUUUUCCAACUGUGCCUUAUUGGAAAUUCAGUGUUCUCAUUGAUUUUUUGUUAGUAUUUUUCUGAUUUCACCACAAAUCUAAUAUUUUAAUUUAACGGUCAAUUUUUUGGUUAUGGUCCCACGCGUUACAAAAAAACCGUAUCAGGAUGAUUGCAUUUUACACACACAUAAAUGAACAUCGGCUCAAGAAUAAUGACGUCAGACCAUGACGUUAAAAUAUAUGUUGGUAAAUUAUAUUUAUUAUUUAUGCUUUCUUUUAUAGUUAAGAUACUGCAUAAUUGUCGAUAUGGAUUGAAGUAGAAUACCAUGAGAUAUGUUAUCGGAUACAUUUCGUUAAAGU